AACGUUUAAACUGCUACAGUACUUUCAUAAUUGCUGGUGUGUUGCGCUCCUGCCCCCCUCUGUUGCCUCGGAUUCACUGGCUGCAAUAGCAGAAGCAGCAGACACCGAGACAGGCCAGCCGACCUUGAGUGCCCAUCACUUAUUCUAACCCCUUUAUCUCCAAAGCCACCCAUAAUAUGUUAAUUCACCCAGGAUGCUGAUAUUUUUUUACAUACUGCCGGACCGAGGUCAUAAGCUGGUUCCUUUAAAACAAUGGCUCUGCAUUGCGCCCCCAGGACAGGUCUGGCUGGCUGCUGGCAGAUAUCACGAUCCAGUUUGCUGAGCUGCACGAGUUUCUGCGGAGGCGAGAGGAGGAGGUGAAGCGAGAUCUGAAAGCAGCCGAGCGGAGGGCUCUGGAGCCCAUGGAGAGGAACCUGCAGAGGAUCCAGAGAGAGCUGGGAGACAGGACUGAGCAGGCCAGGAAACUGCAAGACUCGCAGAGCAUCACACAGCCUGUCACUUACCUCAAGUGGUGGAGUGAGACUGGCGCCCCCCUUGUGAUGGAAUUAAAAGAAGAGCCCCUCGAGGAUGCAGGAGUUGAACUAGAGGAGCCAGCGAAGCAGACCACGGGGUUUAAAUCCAAAGUGAAAGCCCUGGGCAUGAUCCCCGGCUCUUUAUCACUUGGUCCCUACGAGACACACUUGCAGUUUUCCAUUUGGAAGCAGAUGCUGACAGUGAUCAGAACAGUUCCAGGUCGAUUGACUUUGAAGACAUGGCGCUCAGCGCUCAGACUUUCCAAGGAUGGGUCAAGUGUGCGGCAGGUCGACUGGCAGAAUCAACAGCAAUCAGCUGAGAGUGAAGAGAGAUACAACAGGGACUUGUGUGCAGUCAGUAAAGAGGAAUUCACAUCAGGGAGACACUACUGGGAGGUGGAGGUGGGGGCUAAGACUGAUUGGGCUGUGGGGGUUCACAUGGAAAGAAAGCCAAAUGUAUUAAAUACAUUAAACAAUUUUUUGAGGAAAUUCUAUUGUAAAGGACAGACAUAUAUUAUUCUGCAUUUUAAUGACAAUACAAAUUAUAGAAUGGAAGCUUCAUCAGAUAGCUCAAUCUCAAUGCAUUCCCACCCCAGUAAAAUCGGGGUGUACCUGGAUUAUGACCGAGGAGAGGUGGCGUUUUACAAUGCUGAUGACAUGUCCCUCAUCCACACAGUCACUGAGAAACUCACUGAACCCGUUUCUGCUUACUUGAACCCUGGGCCCUAUUUGAAAGGUAAAAAUGCAGAUCCCUUAAAAAUCUGCUAUUACUGAUUCCACAGUUUAACUCACAACUACUUAACCGA